CCGUACCUUUCAACUUAGUGGACCACUUGAUAAUUAAAAUCUCAACGUUUUCCAAAUAGUUUUUAGCUUUUUUCACCCCCUCAAAGUACACCCUUGCUGCUGCAGUAACCACAUACGCAACCACUGAUAUUGAUGGUAUUUUAAAGACACAAAAUAGACUUGCGUGUGUAACAUAAGGACAAAGAGAGUCCAGCACUGUUUAAGCUCCCAUCAUCUGUUAGUUUGCUUAGGAUAAUGGGAAAGAUGGCAUGAGCUGCUGAGAUUUAUUAGAGAUCUGCAUGUCAACCAGCGAGUACAGAUGGAUCCUCUCUCACACUGUUAACUUAAUGUUACAUUCUAGGUUUACGCCAUAACUUUCAGUUGGCGGUUUGAUUGUUUUACUUUACCUAUGACCUUGUUGGUUUUGUGAGGAGGAGGAGGAGGAGGAGGAGGUGGUGGUGGUGGUGGUGGUGGUGUAUGUUUCCCUCUGUUUGAACCAGGCAGCAGCUGGACUAACAUGUGGCUGUGGGCACUGCUCCCCAUCUGCCUGGCGGUCUUUGGCACUGUGGGCAUUUGGACUGCGAAAGUCGCCGAAAGACACAAUUUUCUGAACACAGUGACUGUUCUCGCGGGCACAGGCUUUCACUCUGGGGCUGCUGUGUGUGAAUGGGCCUUGGUCGUGUUGUUCUUCUGCCUGUUUAGCCUUUUUGUGGCUGAGUUCAGACACAUCAACUGUCACCUCACUGUACGGGAACAAGCUACUGGGAAUGACAGCAGCAGCACCUCAACAGAAAUCAAUGGUCAUGUCGCAAAUGCACUUAGCUGAAAACACUUGGACUAUACCUAACGGUUGUCAUUUUGUCUUUUAAUGUAGUCACAAUGCAUCUGCACUAG